AUGGCCCCAACCAAGCGCUCCUGGGAGGAGGCGAAUGCGGGCUCCGACCUCGAUGCCGCCAGUGUGCUGCAGGGUAGUAGUAGCAGGCAUGGGUCGCAGCCCACGCGUCCCCUUCACGUUGCUGCGGCGGCCAGCGAUGCAUCAGCAACGUCGCCAACAGGUGCGGUCCCCGCGUCACAACAUGCCAGCAAUGGUGGCAUGGGUGGAUCGGCCUCUCAGCAUGUUCCAAUGAUCUCACGGAAGAUCCGCGCAUGUGCCAGCUGCCGCAAACACAAGAUCAAAUGUAUCAUGGACGAAAAUGCCGGGCCUCCAUGUAAGAGAUGUGCCGAGAAGAACCUGGGUUGUGUGUUGAAUAAAAGUAUUCAAACUCUCAUUACUGAGAGGUCAAGAUCAUCUUUGGCAAUGGUCCAUGACUUGGAAAUCAUCCACGCAAGUCUUGACGAGGUCCUGAAGACCUUACAACUUCCUCAACUAGCAAAGCUUCAAAGCCCCACACAGAUGUUGCUGUCUCCGAGUUACGAGGAGCAUUCAGAAGCUCGCAUUCCUGAUGAAUUUGGAUUAUCCCGGGAUAGUUCCCCAAAGCCUUCCCCGGAAGACGAACACGAGCUUCCAAAGGUCCCUAUCAACUCCGUAUACCAAUUAACAAAGCUUCGAGCCCUACGUUCUCCAGAUCAUCUCGAACAGAACGAAGCACCAAGGCACCCCUCAGCAAAAGUAGAUGACCUCGUUUCCAGAGGGAUUCUAUCGGUUGAAGAUGCCGAGCGUCUCUUCACACUAUACAAGGACCACCUUGAUCCCUUCAUGUACGGCAUUGGUGGACGAUAUGAAACAUUGGAGACAUUACGACAUGGCAGCGGGAUACUGACUGUGUGCAUCUUUACUGUUUCUGCGCUGCAUGAUCCAGAAAGCGACAGGAUAUACGGAGAGUGCCGGCGUCUGUUGGCUUCUUCUAUGUUCGAGCGCCGGAUCGACGCGGACUAUCUGAGGGCAAUGUGCAUUGCUUCGUACUGGCUUUCCGACAUAAGCUGGGAGGUCUCAGGCUGUGCGAUAAGAAGAGCGGCUGAGUUCAAUCUCAUUAGACAUUUCAAAAAAGCGACAGAGGAAGGCAGCGAGGACUCGGCGGAUUAUGUGCGACUAUGGUACGUGCUUCACAUCUGCGACCAGCAUUUAUCAACACUAUAUGGACGGCAACCUAUUAUCCGAGAGGACUUGGCGAUCCAAGGCUGGAAAACAUUUAUGGCUCAAUCUCCCCCAAAGACCAUGUCAGAAGACACCCGGCUAGCCAGUCAAGUGGCAUUGGUAAACAUCAUCCACGCCAUUCGUGACUUAUUUGGGCCGGACACUGGCGACCCGGUCCCUCAAGUCUACUCGAUGCAAAUCACACAAUUCUCUCGCCAACUCGAUCAGUGGGUUGGUCAUUGGUCUGGAGCAGUGAUAGAGCACCACGAACGAAUUGGGACUUUCCCCCGCAAGGGAGUCCUCCUGCACUUCCAUUUCGCCAAAUUACAUCUUUACUCCCACGUCUUCAGGGGUCUUCGCAAAAAUCCAAUCCCCUCAUACUUCUUGGAGCCAGCCUCCUCGGCAGCGGCAGCAGCGACUGCUAUCAUUGACCUCCUGAUUGCAGAUGCUGACAUUCAGCCGGCACUCGCAGGGAUGCCAUCCUAUAUGCAUUCAAUGUCAGGCUUUGCCUGCAUGUUUCUUGCUAAACUUGCCAUGAUCCAUGGCGACCAAUUAAUCGAGAGGCAAAAAGUCGUGGAUUCAAUCACACGACUCGCGGGGUUCUAUCGGUCGACACCAGUAGGAAAGUGGCACUUGGUAAAUCUUAUGGCUGAUGGCUUGGACAAGAUUGUGGAGACACUGCGGGCAACCGGAACAUCUAUGUCAAGCGCACAGCCUCGUCUCGAAUUGGCAACCGCCGAAAGCGAAGGAGGAGACUUUGCGAGUCUCAUGAACCCUGGCUUCUCUGGCGAGUCUGCUUUCAGUUUUGACGCAAACUUUCUACUUGAUAGCAACAUGAGUCUCGGGGCCCCAGAACUGAUGUAUUUCAGCAACGGCACUAACAUGUCUGGGAUGACUGACAACUUUAGUCCUGAUAGUCUCUGA